GUCAUUCAUUCACUUGAACUCAACUAGCGAACACACCAUGUCUGGAAGAGGCAAAGGCGGCAAGGGACUCGGAAAAGGAGGCGCCAAGCGUCACCGCAAAGUUCUCCGCGAUAACAUCCAGGGAAUCACCAAACCCGCUAUCCGCCGUCUGGCUCGCCGCGGCGGCGUGAAGCGUAUUUCCGGUCUGAUCUACGAGGAGACCCGCGGUGUCCUGAAGGUGUUCCUGGAGAACGUGAUCCGUGACGCAGUCACCUACACCGAGCACGCCAAGAGGAAGACCGUUACCGCCAUGGACGUGGUCUACGCUCUGAAACGUCAGGGACGCACCCUGUACGGUUUCGGCGGUUAAACGCACUCUCUUCGGAACCUCAACACCCCGACUCGAACCCAAAGGCUCUUUUAAGAGCCACCCACAUCCGCUUCAAAAGGGCCCAUUCCAUAUAGUGUCUUUUUUUUUCAGUAUGCUAUUUAGUAGGAAAGUAUGAGCCACUUCGAGUGGACAGGGAGUAUUAAGCUCCACUCAUAGAACUGGAGUUACACUCCGGUAACUAAUCGAUUCUAAUGUCCCUUCCAGUUUUGUCGCACAGAGGGAGGCUUAUAUCUGACAGUGGCAAAGUGUAGUGACGUUAUUUUGUGUCAAGCAAGAGUUUAACUGCCAUAAAUGUUAUUCAUGUCAUUAUUAUUUGUACAACUUGUAUUUUGAAUAUUGAUUUGGCUUGUAUUUAUGUGAUAGGAACUAUCUGUACAUUCUAUGUUGUGUUGGGACGCUUUUAGUGGUGACAAGUUCCAGACAUCGCUGUAAAGUAGCGGCGGUAAAGUUUAGUACUCAUUACAUUAAAUGUAGUACUCAAAGAUAAGUUAAAUUAACGACGUGUUUAUUUACAAGUAUUCUUGUUUCUAAGUGGACCCAUUUCCCUCUCAGUUGUGUGCAGCCAGCGAGUUCGACGGUGGAUUGAUG